AUGAUUUGGACUCUUUUAUUAACGGUAGUGUUAAUCUUAAUACUUUAUCAUUAUAUAAACUAUUUGUUUAAAGAUGAAAAAUUUGACAAGAUCCCAGGACCUAAAGGGAUAUUCCUCAUUGAAAAUGGCCUAGAUUUUCUCAUGGAAUCUGCUCAAUUGUUUGCAUAUUUUUGCUAUUUAGGAAAUAAAUAUAAGGAUGUCUUCAAAUUAAAAAUAUUUAAUAAAAAGAUUGUAAUGAUACACAAUCCAGAGGACGUAGAAACAGUAUUAACGAAUACAAAAUACAAUGACAAAGGAUUUCUGUACUACUUUCUUCGACCGUGGUUAAACGACGGCCUCCUUGUUAGUAACGGAGCGAAGUGGCAUCAACGGAGGAAAAUCCUGACUCCAGCAUUUCACUUUAACAUACUCCGAAACUUCAGCGGCAUAUUGGUGGAGAACAGCGAGAAAUUGGUGGAAAGUCUUCGAUCAGAAACAGACAAGUCGGGUACGGAAAUUUACCCUCUCAUAGCUGGCAUGACACUAAAUUCGAUAUGUGAAACAGCAAUGGGUACAGCUUUAGACGAGAAUUCGAAGGACAUUGGAAAAAUUUAUAAAGAUGCAAUACAUAUACUCGGAAAAUACAUAUUUUAUAGGGGUGAACGAUUUUGGCUUUAUCCUUUCGCACUGUUUAACUUAAGUUCUGUUGGACGACAUCAGAAAAAACUGUUGAAUGUUGUUGGCUCUUUUCGUGAUCAUGUCAUCAAACAAAGGCGGGAAGAUGGAACUUACAAGAACUUGUAUACAGAGGUGAUGAACGAAAAGGAAGAUGAUGUCAGCAUAGGUGAAAAGAAAAGAUUAGCGAUGCUGGAUUUAUUACUAGAAACAGAGGAGAAAGGAGAGAUAGAUAUCCAAGGAAUUAACGAGGAAGUCGACACGUUUAUGUUCGAGGGACACGAUACAACCGCAGCUGCACUUCAGUACGCGUUUAUGCUAAUUGCGAAUCAUCCAGAGGUUCAGGAUAAGAUUCUCGAGGAGUGCCGACAAAUCUUCGGCACAUCUGAUCGGAAGCCUACGAUGUCUGACUUAGCAGAUAUGAAGUAUUUAGAAUGUUGCAUCAAAGAAACGUUAAGGCUCUACCCUUCGGUGUUUUUUAUUAUCCGAUAUUGCAAACAUGAAUUAAAAUUGAAAAAUUACGAAGUCCCACCUGGAUCAGACUGCCCAAUUCGAAUCUUCGACUUGCAUCGGCGUAGUGAUCAGUUUGUCGAACCUCUCAAGUUCCGACCGGAAAGGUUUCAGAAGGAACCCACUUGGCAUCCAUUCGCUUACAUACCUUUCAGCGCAGGACCCCGGAACUGUAUAGGUCAAAAGUUUGCAAUGAUGGAAAUGAAGUUGGCAAUAUCUGCGGUUCUUCAAAAAUACCGUUUGUUACCAGUUACUAAGCCGGAGGACCUUGUCUUUAUUGCCGAUAUCAUCUUAAGACCAAUGGAUCCCAUUUACGUUAAAUUUGAAAAACGCUAAUAUGAUUAAAUUAUAUUUUCUAAUGUG